AUGUCACCUCUCCACGCCCAAGCUCAAGCAGCCCGCCUCGCCGACCCCGCCGUCGCAUACACCCUCCUCGAAAAGCUCGGCGCUGGCAAUUUCGGUACCGUCUGGAAAGCGACUCAUAAUGAUACGAAACAAAUCGUGGCGAUCAAGAUGAUCGACCUCGAGUCGUCGGAAGAUGAUAUAUCAGAGAUCCAGGCGGAGAUUGCGCACCUGUCGUCGUGCUGGUCGGACCAUGUGACGAAAUAUUAUGGGUCGUUCGUCAGAGGCGCGAGGUUGUGGAUCGUGAUGGAGUAUCUCGCUGGAGGAAGCUGUCUCGACUUGCUCAAACCUGGAGUGUUUACCGAAUCGCAAGUCGCCGUCGUUUGCCGCGAACUCCUCCUCGGCCUCGACUACCUCCACAUGGAAGGCAAGAUCCACCGCGACAUCAAAGCCGCCAACGUCCUCCUCUCCGCUUCAGGCGACGUCAAGCUCGCAGACUUUGGCGUCGCCGCCCAGCUCUCGUCGCACAAGUCUCAGAGGCACACGUUUGUGGGGACGCCGUUUUGGAUGGCACCUGAAGUCAUCCGGCAGGCGGGGUACGACGCGCGCGCGGAUAUUUGGUCCCUCGGUAUCACAGCUAUCGAGAUGCUCAAAGGCGAUCCGCCUUUGAGCGAGUAUCAUCCCAUGCGAGUCUUGUUUUUGAUCCCAAAAGCGCGCGCACCGAGAUUGGAAGAAGGUGAAGCCGGUGAAGGGCUGAGAGACUUUGUGGAGAGGUGUCUGCAGAAAGACCCGGAACAUAGGGCUACGGCGAAAGAGCUCUUGGCACACCCGUUCAUCCGCGGGGCAGCCAAGACAUCUACCCUCAUCCCCCUCGUCGAGCGCUACCAAAUCUACGUCUCCCAUCUCCCCUCCAAACCAUCCUCCCGCCCCACCGCCUCACUCAACAACCUCGCCUCUGGGCACGGCCUCACCAUCGACCCUUCCUCCGGCCGGGGGAGUGUCGCGAGCGAUGCGGGGUGGAACUUUGAUGAGACGAUAAGGGGCACGAGGAGGGGUGUGCCGGUGGAGCUGAAUUUGGAGGAGAUGGAGGAGGAGAUGUGGGAUGGGGAGGUUGAGGUGGAUCCGAGGACUUGGGAUGGGACUGUCAAGGAGAAUGGACAGCGGCAUGGGGGGUUGAUGAGUGCCGAGACGAUGACGGCGAGUGAGCUGUCUUUGCCAGAGUUGGAGAGGCAGCCGGCUAGGAGUGAGGCGUCGGGCAAGUCGACGUGGAAGCAGAGGAACGAUGGGGUGCGAGGGACUGUUGUGAAAGAGGGAGACGUCGGGGAUGGGUUCUCGACAGUCCGGCCGAUGAAGAAGAUCGACCUCGCCGGAUCCCAACGUCUUUCAAACGCCUACAUCGGCUCUGGCUCCAUCCGGCAUCAGCGCAUCCCCGAGAGCCCAUCCAAAUUAAAAACCCAGCCUGUUGAGAGUCCAACCAAACCAAAGUCCCAGUCAGUCGAAGAGACUACGAAUAGCAAAGAAACUAGAGACCCUCGCGAGCUUGCUGGCGAAGCCUUGGUAGAAGACGUCAUCCUCCCCGUCCUCGCCAACCGAACCCAAUCCCCCUCCCUCCCCGCCCCAACCCUCGAAGCCCUCUCCCUCCUCUCCCGCGGCUUUGCCGACCUCGCCGAAAACUCGCCGCAGGAAGUGUAUGGCGUCGUCAUGGAUAUACUCGGUAACAUGCGUCGGGGAGGCGAGGGGGGGAGGGUGGGCAGGGUUUUGGGCGGGAUGACGCUUGGGAGGGAGGCGGGUGUGGGGGUGGAGCAGGCGAAUGGGCAGGGGCAGGGGAAGGGGGAAGAGAAGACGGGGGAGGAGAAGAAGCAUGGGAAGGAGGGGAGUGAUUUGGUAAAGGAGAGGAGCGUGAUUGCGGACCUGCUGUACCUUCGAUGGCUCGACGGUCUCCGCCUAAAGUGGCCCGGCUCUCCCUAG